UACAAUUAUUGUACUCAUUCACUCUUUCCAUCUGAAAUGGUUCCUUGGUUCUAUGUCAUCACUAUCUUUUCUUCCUUCUUUUACUACAAAUCAAGUGCUGAGCUCAUAACUUCUCUUCCUGGACAGCCUCCAAAUAUUUUCUUCAAACAAUACUCUGGUUAUAUUGUUACAAAUUCUCAACAUGGCAGAGCUCUAUUUUAUUACUUUGUCGAAGCAGAUUCAGAAAAUGCAGCGUCACUUCCCCUUACUCUCUGGCUCAAUGGAGGCCCUGGUUGUUCAUCUGUGGGUUUUGGUGCUUUUAUGGAGCACGGUCCAUUUCAGCCAGGGAUUGAUGGAAACCUAAUGAAAAACAAGUAUUCCUGGAAUUUGGUAUCGAACAUGUUAUACGUGGAGUCCCCGAUUGGAGUAGGAUUUUCAUACUCAAAUACAAGCUCAGACUACAUCAAUUGGGAUGAUAUGGCAACUGCUAAGGAGAAUCUCCAAUUCAUCCUCAACUGGUUCAAGAAAUUCCCCCAAUAUAGAAACUCGGAUGUGUACUUAGCCGGGGAGAGUUAUGCAGGUCACUAUAUACCACAGCUGACAAUAUUGCUGCUUGAUUACAACAGAAAGCCUAAUGUUGAACCAAUCAACCUUAAAUCAAUUGCACUGGGGAAUCCACUGCUAGAUCUUGAAAUAAGCGUGAAGUCUGCUCAAUAUCUAUGGUCACAUGGUGCCAUUUCUGAUGAACUGCUUACUAUGAAAAGAACAAUCUGUAACGAAACGAGGUUCUUGCUGGAAUCAAUACAUAAUAAUUUAUCUAACGAGUGCAAGAAAGUUUCGGAACUCACAGACGAGGAGAUGGGAAGUGAUAUAGAUAUGGGCGAUCUGCUCGCGCCAACAUGUGUAUCUUCUGGUACAGCAAAACAAUUGGGAGCCCUUGCCACAAUACAUGGAAAAUUUGUUAAGAAAGCUGUAGGAGAAGUUGCUGAUCCAUGCCUUACUGAUAGGAUAAAUCUGUACCUAAACAAGCCAGAAGUUCAAAAGGCACUACAUGCCAACACCACUUACCUGCCAUAUGCCUGGGAUUUUUGUUUGGGGAACCUUCACUAUCGGAGAGAAGAUUUAGCUGUAAACACUAUACCUCUACUGUCAAAUAUUCUAAAAGAGAAUAUCCAAGUUCUACUUUUCAGUGGAGAUCAAGAUUCAAAAAUCCCACUGACCCAAACUAGGAAAAUUGCUAAGCUGCUUGCUCGAGAUGUAAAGCUAGUUGCUUUAGACAAAUAUGGUUCUUGGUAUGAUGGUUUGCAGAUUGGAGGGUGGAGUCAGUCAUUUGGAGGGCUAAGGGAAGGCAAAAACAUUACAUAUUUAACAUUUGCUAGAGUUAGGGGUGCAGCUCAUGAAGUCCCCUACACUUCUCCUUCACAAGCUCUUACACUUUUUAGAGCAUUUUUGAGAGGACAUCCUCCACCACCAAGGAACAGCACCGCUCGAGCCCCUACAACAACAACAACCCAGUGGAAUCUUACAAGUAGGGUCUGGGGAGGGUAGUGUGUACGCAGCCUUACCCCUACUCCGAAGGCCACCGUUCGAGCCCCGAAGUUGCGUAAUCCUAUUGAUGUGAUGAACCUCUUUUCGUCUGUUCUCUAGACUUUGAUAACAGAUUCUCAAGCUUUAUUUUGAAUCUUUGUCCUCUUUUUUUAAUCUUAUAUUUGUUUAAGUAUAUUAAUUAAUUUGGGUUACUAG